AUAUAUAUUAUAGUCAUUCAUACUUGUCAUCCUAUUUUUUUCUUUGAUCAACCAUCAACUUAAGAUGCCAAGCACUAUGGAAAAUGUGACUUCAAAGACUGAGGCAAUUGAAAUCGACCCGAAAACUGGUCUUGCUUUGAAUAAUAAGUCAUCAGUUGAUGAUGAAAAAAAGAGUGAAACAAAAAAGGAGAAUAUUAUUUCUGAUGGAGCCAAAACUGAAGAGGAAAAAAAGGAGAAGGAUGACCAAGAAUCCAAUGGUGCAGCAGCUAUAAAAGAGGAGGAAAUUCCAGUUGAGACAGAACCAAAAACUGGAGUUUCUUUUCCAGUCAAAUUAUUAGAAGAUGGGAAGCUGUUGAAAGCUGUUGGUUUAAGGAAGAAAAGCAUGCUUGGCAUGGGCCUCAAAAUUUAUGCAUUUGGAAUAUAUGCAGACACUGAGAAACUGAAAGAACUUAUGCUCUCAAAGAUUGGAAAAGCACCAUCAAAACCAACAAAGGAAAUGUAUCAAAUGGUGAUUGAUAGUGAUUUGGGUAUGAUGGUGAGAUUGGUGAUAGCGUUCUCUGGGCUUUCAAUGAAUAUGGUAAGAAAGAAUUUUGAUGAAGGACUUGGAGCAGCCAUAAAGAAACUCACUGGUGGCAAGAAUGAAGAGCUUACCAAAAAAAUCAUGGGUGAAGCAUCUGAUGACAUAAAGCUCACUUCUGGAUCAGUGAUUGAGAUUUCCAGGCUUCCAGGAUAUGUUCUUCAGACUAAAGUUAUGGGUGAGAUUGUGAGUAAGGUGGAAAGUGAACUACUCUGCAGGGCCUACAUUUACAUGUAUUUAGGUGAAGAUCCCUUUGACAAGGAAGCCAAGGAGAAGUUUGGUGCAUCCAUGCUCUCUAUGUUCUAAUAAGAUUGUAGAAUUUCAAUAAUUUCUAGAUUGUUCUGGAAUAAGUUGGUUAUUCGUCUUGUGCAUCUAUGGUGUUCUGUUCGUACGGAGAAAAUCGCGAGAAAGUGCUGUCUUUUCAUCUGUGCUCACUUUCGUGAGAAAUCUAGUCUAGUUUAGCUAUAGAGGACUUAAUUUUGUAUCACUGAAUAAUAUGUUGUUGAAUAAAAGAAUGAGUAGGACAUGGUU